UGCCAGGAACUAGCGAGCCUCUGUUACACAGAUUUAUCCCAGCCUUUGUAACAGUGAUGGCAGAACUGUUGAAUCCUCCUUUCAUGCAGAACCGCAUACGGGCGCUUACAUUUCUACAGAAGAAGAAAGGCAUGUCUUACGAAAAAUGGCGCCAUUGGAUGGAGGUCCACGCUCAAAUUGCUCUAGGAGUUCCAAUCGUUAAGAGAAAUUUGUUGAAAUAUGAACAGCUUUAUGUGAAUCUAGAAUGGAAAGAAAGACUUCGUCAAAGCCCCGGAAUGAGAAUACCCGACUUCGAUUGUGUAGUCGUAUUGGAAGGAGAGUCUUUGGAAAAGCUCAUAGAGGUCAACCGAGACCCUGAAUAUAUAGAAAAAGUGGCUGGUGAUGCAGUGAAUAUCCUCCAACUUGAAAAUAUUAUCCAAGGAGUCUUCAACAUCGCUGUUAUCGUGGACAAAUCGGCCAAAAAUUCCAAGCCCAAAGUCGGGUGCUUCAUUCGAGAGGAUGUUGGGAAGGUGCUUCUACCCCUUCACAGAAAAGAUGGAUCUAGUCAUGCGGAGUUCAGUCAACAUUGGUUGAACGUCCAUGCUCCGUUAUUCAAAGAUCUACUGGCUACCAGUGCCUCUAUUUCCAAGUACGAGCAGCUUCAUGUUCAACAGGGACCGGAAAUCUUGCCUGGGAGUCCUUUGGAUUGGGAUGGAGUCGGCGUAUUCGAAGCGGAGUCAAUUGCAAAGGUUAUGGAGGCCUUUACGGACGAGAGGUUUAUUAAGAUCGGGACGGAGGACGGCGCCAAGUUCAUUAGCGAUGGCCUGUCCGAUAUUUUUCCUUGCGAGGUGGUAACAUUGAUCGACGUUGAUUGAUAAUUGAAAUAUCUUAAACAAUUAUUUCUUGGUUUCGUGA